AUGUCUGCAGAUCUUCGAGGAAUUGAAGGAUCUCGACACGAAGAGAUGAGCCGGAUGAUCCCAGUGGCUCAGGCGAGCACGCCGCAAAGAAAGACCUUAGGUCGUGGGAUCAAGAGGCGUUCGGCGUUCCGAUGUGGUCUGUGCAGCUUCGCUGGAGACUCGCAGCUGAGUCUGUCCAUGCACAUGACGCAGGUUCACAGGCCAUGCAACAGCAAGGUAGCGACCAGGUCGCGUUGCAUUGAGGCUGAGUUGUAUCGUCGCCUACGACUGGCGUCGCCGGAACAGCGCAAGGAGCUGCUGCUGCGGCACCUCAGCCAGGCUCAGCGCGCGGCACUGGAGAGAUGGAUUCUGGCAAACAACAAGGGCAAUGGCGAGAUGAAGGAUGCUCGGAGACGCCUUUUGAAGCCAUGCGCCAAAAUGGCAAAGCUUCGACAUCGCCGAAAUGCAGGAAUUACACGGCGUUGCAGACGACUGGCUUCUGGCAACACUGCUUUCUUUUAUGUUGCCCACGCCUCUGCGGGUCCAUUUCGACUUUGCACCAAGUCCGUGCGCGAUUUUGGCGUGGCUGUCCGCCAUAGAAGACUACUGCAAGCCAUAAAGCAGGAGGUGAGUGCAAAAGCACAUGGUUGUAUGCCAGAGCACCUGUCACAGAUCUUUGCUCGUGCCGUUCAGGAGGUGUCUGCCAGAGUUAGGCAGACUCCGCGAGAUGUCGGACUCAGCUUUGCUGCGACGGUGCCGGCAAAGUAUUGGAUCGGCAGGGAGCUGCACACUCCUCGUUAUUCCGCAGAGCGGAUGGAGGCGGGACUGGCGGCAUUCCGGGCGCUAUGCCGAGCCCGGGAUCAGGUGUAUCGCGGCCGAAGCAACCGAUAUUCGCUCUACAUGUUCAGCAGCCCGAUGGAGAUGGAGGCUGCGUGGACACAGCUUCGCGAGGAGUAUCUUCGUAUCUGGUCAGAGGCCGGCUGGGACCGCAAGGAGCUCCAGGCGCGGCUGAGUCGCUGGGAGGCAUGUCGGUUGCCCUCGCGCCGAUCUGCGGUCCUGGCUUCCACACGAAGGCUGCGAGACGCUAGUCCACAGAGCGAAGCGCAGCUUGAAGAGGCGGAAGUGAAGCACGCGCCCUCCGACAGUCUGCUGGUUUCCUGGGGCAGGCUGGUGGGAAAGAAAAGCCGCUUCUCUGCGCAGCUGUGGGGACCUAGAGGCAGCCGCCGGUUGGCUGACAUCUGA